AUGGCCUGUGACGAGCCCGCUGGUCUCUCGGGCACCUUCACGCGCCAGAACUCCGGCAGCGCUGUCUCUCUGGACUUCGAGCCCGACGCUGAGUACAAGUUUGUGGAAACCUUGGAAGACCGGUACAAGUGUGCCUCCUGCCACCGCGUCCUGCGCAAUCCUCACCAGACGGGAUGCGGGCACCGGUUUUGCCAGCAGUGCAUUCUUUCUUUGAGAGAGUUGAAUGCAGUACCCACCUGUCCUGUCGACAAAGAAACAAUAAAAAUGCACGAGGUAUUCAAAGACAACUGCUGUAAAAGAGAAGUUCUCAACUUGAGUGUAUUCUGCAAAAACAUUCCCAACUGCAAUUCAAAAAUAAUCUUGGGACGUUAUCAGGAACAUCUUCAGCAGUGUCAGUUUGAAAGCAUGCCAUGCACUAAUGAUGGAUGUUGUGAUCAAAUUCUUCGGAAAGACUUGAAAGAGCACUUGAGCCAGCACUGUAAAUUUCGAGAAGAAAUGUGUCAGUACUGUAAUAAAUACGUGGUCUUAGUGAACAUAAAGAAUCAUGAGAAAAAUGACUGUCCUGAAUAUCCUGUGCCUUGUCUCCAAAACUGUUCACAAAUAAUUCUGAAAAAGGAGAUUGAAAAGCACUACGCUGUGUGUCCUGAGGCAGAAGUGGACUGCCCGUAUAAGCAGUACGGCUGUCUUGUAAAGGUUAAAAGAGGGAAGCUUGCUGAACAUGAAAACAGUGCCCUGAGGGAACAUAUGCUGCAGAUUCUAGACAAGAACUCCCGGCUGGAAGAACAGAUAUCUGACCUGUAUAAGAGCCUGGAAUGUAAGGAGAUUAAAAUCCAGCAGCUAGCAGAGGCCAUUAAAAAGUGUGAGAAAGAAUUCAGACAGUUUACACAAGUGUUCGGUAAAAAUAGCAACUUGAUGGUAAGCACACAGGCUCUGGCCAAUCACCUGGAUAAGUCUGCACGCCUGGAAUCUCAGGUGAAACAGCUAAUACAGAUGGCAAACCAGCAACAAAGUAAAUUAGACUUGCGACCCCUCUUUGACACAAUUGAGAAUGUAAAACAGAAGAUUGCCCUGAUGGAGACAUACGAUCAGCGCCUGGUCGUUUUGGAAGAUCAGUCCAGCAAACACGAUCUCCAGAUCAAUAUUCACAAAGCACAGCUCAAUAAAAACGAAGAACGAUUUAAGCUGCUGGAAGGCACAUGCUACAACGGGAAAUUAAUCUGGAAAAUCACGGACUACCAGAUGAAGAAAAAAGAAGCAGUGGAAGGCCGUGUCCUCUCCAUAUUCAGCCAGCCCUUUUACACCAGCCGCUGCGGGUACCGGUUAUGUGCCAGAGCCUACCUGAAUGGGGAUGGCUCAGGAAAGGGAACACACGUCUCUCUCUACUUCGUAGUGAUGAGAGGGGAGUUUGACUCGCUGCUACUGUGGCCUUUCAAGCAGAAAGUGACACUUAUGCUUUUGGACCAAAGCGGGAAAAAAAAUCACAUUGUGGAAGUCUUUAGAGCUGACCCCAACAGCAGCAGUUUCAAAAGGCCGGAUGGAGAAAUGAAUAUUGCCUCUGGAUGCCCACGCUUCGUGCCACACACAGUCCUGGAGAACACAAAGAACACCUACAUCAGAGAUGACACACUGUUUUUGAAAGUGGUUGUGGAUUUAACUGAUCUGGAGGAAUUGUGAAAAGUGUGCCUGAUCAAUGUGACUGCUUUAACCAUUAAGAAAUGCUUUCUUGGUGACUACCAGCCAUACAAUAGUGAAUUGCCACUAGUCAAUCUACACAUAAUGUUUCGAGGCUUUUGGACUAUGUAACAGAUAAUGAAUUGCCAAAGCAUCAGCCUUUCUUUUUUAAAACUUUUUCCAAAACUGCAUUUUUAGGGCAGCUAGAAGUCCAGUUGGAUGCAAACAUGCAUUCCAUCCAGACUUGGCGCAGUCCAGGCUGGGGGGAAUGCUUGGCUCCCAUCACGUACUGGCCUUUAGAGAUGAAACUCCUCCAGUAAGCCCUGGGGGAGCCCAAGCAGGCCUGUGGGCUCCCAUCCCUCACACAGAACUGAAACCAUGCCUGAGCAUGCAAGUGCAUUUCACCUGUCUGAAAUGGAAA